CAUGCCACACCACAAGAUCACCAUGAUGACAUAGCAGCUUCAGAGAACAGCGUGACUAGGGCUUUUUUUUUUUCCCUCUUGUAACACAGAGGAUCUGGCAGACUUUUACCUCCUGACACUGUUUAGAGCAUAUAUUGGUUGAUACAGCCUCUUAUUGCAUCUGCUCUGGGAAUUAAGGAAAGCAGCUUGAAGGCAGUAAGGAACAAGAGACAUUAGAAAGAUGACUCUAAACUCCCUAGCUGUCUUUCUGCUAUUGAUUAGUGGCAUUUUUUGCCAAUAUGACUAUGGUCCUGGAGAUGAUUAUGGCUAUGAUCCUUUUGGGCCAUCCGCAGCAGUCUGUGCCCCAGAAUGUAAUUGUCCUUUAAGCUACCCUACUGCCAUGUAUUGUGACAAUCUUAAGCUGAAAACCAUUCCAAUUGUACCAAGUGGAAUUAAAUACCUUUAUCUCCGAAACAAUAUGAUUGAGGGAAUUGAAGAGAACACAUUUGACAAUGUAACAGACCUACAGUGGCUGAUUCUAGAUCACAACCGUUUGGAAAAUUCAAAAAUUAAGGGAAGAGUCUUCUCUAAACUAAAGAACCUGAAGAAACUUCACAUUAACUACAACAAUUUGACUGAAGCUGUUGGACCACUUCCCAAAACUUUAGAUGACCUGCAAUUAAGUCACAACAAGAUCACAAAAGUCAAUCCUGGUGCAUUUGAGGGGCUGAUGAAUCUGACUGUUAUUCACCUCCAGAACAACCAGCUGAAAGCAGAUUCUAUUUCUGGGGCUUUUAAAGGCCUGAAUUCACUUUUGUAUCUUGACUUAAGCUUCAAUCAACUUACAAAGCUACCAACAGGACUGCCUCACUCCUUGCUCAUGCUGUAUUUUGAUAAUAACCAGAUUUCCAAUGUUCCUGAUGAGUACUUCCAAGGUUUUAAAGCUCUGCAAUAUUUACGUUUAUCCCACAAUAAAUUAACAGAUUCUGGAAUACCAGGUAAUGUCUUCAACAUCACAUCACUAGUUGAGUUGGAUCUCUCCUUCAAUCAGCUGAAGAGCAUUCCAAUUGUCAGUGAGAACCUGGAAAACUUCUACCUCCAAGUCAAUAAAAUUAACAAGUUCCCAUUGAGCAGCUUCUGUAAGGUGGUUGGACCAACGACCUAUUCCAAGAUCACACAUCUGCGCCUGGAUGGAAACAACCUCACUCGGGCUGACCUGCCACAGGAGAUGUACAACUGCCUUCGGGUGGCCGCUGAGAUUUCCCUGGAUCUGCCACUGCCUAAAAGAGUGAUACAGAAAAAGUGUCCAGUUUCAGGGCGCAUGGUGAAAGGGAACGGCAGCAAAGAGAAAGUUCCAGAAGGAGAAAUUUCAGCUGGACAUACAAAAAAAAUUCUUCACAUAUCUUCUAACAAAAAUCUUGAACAAAUGUACACUUUGGGCUACCUGCUUCUUCUAGACAGCUCCCCUCAUCGGAUAGAACAUAAAAAAUCAAAUGCCUUCAGCUCUGUGCCUGACUCAAGCUAUUACAGUCUAACAACAGGGACCAAUAGAAAGAGAAGAAGAUCCAAGAAAGCUGAGGCAAACACCAUGAUUCUAAAAGUCUAUACAAGCCUUUUGCUCUUAUUCUUGGUCAAUUCUGUGUGGACUCGAACUGUGAGACAAGUUUAUGAUGAUCUGGAUCCUGGCCAUUGGUCUCACUAUACUUCUGAGUGUCCACAGGAGUGCUUUUGUCCUCCUAGUUUCCCCAAUGCCUUAUACUGUGAUAACAAAGGACUUAAAGAAAUACCUCCAAUUCCAGCCAGAAUUUGGUACCUCUAUCUUCAAAACAAUCAAAUUGAAACAAUUUCAGAGAAGCCUUUUGCGAAUGCCACUCAUCUGAGAUGGAUAAAUCUGAACAAGAAUAAGAUCACAAACAGUGGGAUUGAGAGUGGUGUGCUGAGCAAGCUGAAAAGACUGCUUUACUUAUUCCUUGAAGAUAAUGAAUUGGAAGAGGUGCCUGCCCCAUUACCAGUGGGUCUGGAACAGCUAAGACUAGCUAGAAACAAAAUCUCCAAAAUCCCAGAAGGAGUCUUCAGCCACUUGGAAAACCUUACUAUGUUAGACCUGCACCAGAACAGUUUGUUGGACAGCGCUCUUCAAAGUGACACCUUCCAAGGACUCAACAACCUUAUGCAGCUCAACAUAGCAAAAAAUUCACUCAAGAAAAUGCCUUUAAGCAUUCCAGCUAAUACACUGCAGCUGUUUUUGGACAACAACUCCAUUGAAGUUAUACCAGAAAACUACUUCAGUGCAAUACCCAAAGUGACUUUCCUUAGGCUGAACUACAAUAAACUAUCUGAUGAUGGUAUACCUCCAAGUGGGUUUAACGUUUCAUCUAUUCUAGACCUACAGCUGUCUCACAAUCAGCUCACUAAAAUUCCACCAAUCAAUGCUCACCUUGAGCACCUUCAUCUUGAUCACAACAAAAUCAAAAGCGUCAAUGGUACUCAGAUAUGCCCAGUUUCCAUUGCCCUAGAAGAAGAUUACGGUUAUUAUGGCAACAUCCCUCGCCUUCGAUACCUUCGUCUGGAUGGAAAUGAAAUUCAACCUCCAAUCCCAUUGGACAUCAUGAUCUGUUUCCGACUACUUCAAGCUGUUGUCAUAUAA